GUCGCGCACGAUUUGACAUCUCGUCACACUCGGGUUUCCACACAUGUUUAUGACAUAGGCAUACAUACUGUAUAAUCAAAAUGGACUGUUUUCUUUUUUCAUGUCUUUAAGAUUAAAACUAUGACGAAAGUUGGGAUUACAUAUUUUACUAGAAAGAUUAUUUAACAGUCUAGGCAGACAAUAGGGUAGAGCAAAGAUGGAUCUUGACUUUGGUCCGGGGAUUGUCGAGUACAACGCCCCGUUGCCGACGACGGACAUAGAAAUGACGCCGACACAGUCUGAGGAAAAUGAGGGUUCGCCCAUCCAUAAGGGAGGAGAAAAAGUUGAUUUGAAAUCCCAACAAACUUGUUUUGAAUUUUUUAAAAUUGAGCGGCAUUUAAUUAAAUUCAAGUCGUUUUUCUUCUUUUUCGGUGGCGCGAUCGGAUCUGUGUUCCCUUAUUUUUCAGUUUAUUAUAAACAAUUAGGAUUAAGCCCCAAUCAAAUUGGUAUUAUAUCCGGACUUCGUCCAAUCAUUGGUUUUUUCAGUGGUCCUUUAUGGGGAUCACUUGCUGACCGGUUUCGUGUUCGACGUAUUAUGUUGUUUAUUAGUGCAUUAGGCUGGUUAGCUUUUAUAACCGCAAUUGGUUUUGUCCCACCGGCAGAAAUAUCAGAUGCUCAAUGCCCCUAUGUGAGAGAUUUUGUUGGUAACACCAAAAAUAUAACAAAUGUGUCAGUCAAAACUGAAACAGAUGUCACACGUGCCGAUUUUAAUGAUUUACACCGUUUACGUGUGGACGUUACUGCAGAAGAAAGUCUUAUGGAGUCACGUGGUUGGAUUUACGAUAGUGCUGAUCUUUACAGAGUUUAUACUGUGAUCAUGAUUCUUGUAGUGCUUGGGGAGCUCGUGCAAUCACCAUGUGGCGCUCUGGCGGACUCCGGGUGUAUCGAGACGCUUGGAAAUAAAGACAUGCACAAAUACGGGCACCAGAGAGCAUGGGGAUCAUUGGGUCUAGGAAUCAUGUCGGUGGUUGUAGGGGGAAUUAUCAGUACAAUGAGAAGGAAGAAAGAAAUUUGUGAUAUUGAUGUUGUUUUCAGCAAUUAUCAUAUUGCAUUUUAUUUCUUUGCUGGAUGCAUGUUUUGCUGCACAAUUACAACGUUUUUCUUCAAAUUUCAGAAACAGGUAGAUGAUCAUAAUAAUUCCAAGCCGAAACCCAACCCGUUUAAAGUGUUUAAAAUGUUUCUGACAAUACACUAUGGUUCCUGGCUGCUAUGUAUGUUCUUUACGGGAAUCUGCAACGGUGUUAUAUGGGGAUUUUUGUUCUGGCAUUUAGAAAAUUUAGGUAAUGAUGUAAUUCAUUUUGAAUAUACAUUAUUUAUGGCCAAUGUUUACCUGUCGGAUAUCUUGCGCGACCUACAAGGGUUCCUGCACGGAGUUUACUGGGGUCUCGGGUCCGGCACAGGUCACAUGAUCGGUGGAAUUUCUGUUGAAACACUUGGUGCACGUGUAACAUUCUGGAUAUUUGCCGGGGCAUCAUUUUUCAAUUUGCUUUUAUUCAUUAUUGUACAGAAGUGCACCACAAAACCGGAUGUGUUUGGCAACUACGAAGAGCUCGACGAAAAUAAAGCAUAACCACAAAUGUAAAAUGAAAUUGUUUGACCAUAUUUUGCAACAUUUAUUGAUGAUAGCCUUCAAAAUAUAAUAUACGAUGUUUCAUUUCGGGUCUAUGCUGAUAACGAAAAGUUUGCCUCAUCACGCGCUCACACAUGCACACGCGCACACACACACGCAAGCAAGCACGCGCGCACGCACGCGCGUGCGCGCGCGCACACACACACACACACACACAUGUACAUUUUAUUUUCAUGAAAUGAAUGCAAUAAAGAUUGCUACUCCACACUCUUGAAAUGAUGUAAUUGCUCAGCGUAUGUUGGGGUCUAGUGAAAUCGCAUUAUUUAUUUCUUUAUAUUGUUAUGUUUUUAAAUAUUGCUUUAAUUAUAUUCUGCCAAAUGUUGUUUCAAUAAUGUCUAAUUAUUUUUAAACUCGGGAAGUUUAUCUAAAAUAAGGUUUUCAUAUGGCAAGGUGAAAGUGUAAAAGGUCAAAAGCGCACCAAACUAAGACUUUCAUACGGCAGGCUGAAUAAUUAUACUUUUAGUCUCAUUAUUUCGAUAUGCAUCUCACUUUUUUGUAAAGUUUUAAGAAUGAAAUGUAAGAUACAUCAAAUAGCAUUUUGGUGGAAUGCACAUAUUUCUAAUUCGAGCUAUAAGCUGUUUUCAGAUAUUUUAUGGCUUUUACACCAUGAAUGGGCUACGGCAUUCUUAUAUUCUAUUUUUACAUAAUUGAGAGAUUUUCAAAACUUCUAGGAAUUAUUCUAAAAUAUUUGCUAAUAUGUUUAUAUAUUUCGGCAUUAACUGAAUGGUGAAUAAUUCAUUUCAUUUGGGAAGGAAUUAAGCUCCUCUCAAAUCAUAAAUUGAAAGUUAUUAUUAAAAUAUAAUGUUUUCGUUAUUGUUUUUACUUUUUAGCUCACCUGAGCUAGCUCAGGGUGAGCUUUUAGGAUCGUUGAAUGUCCGUCGUCUGUCGUCCGUCGUCCGUCCACACUUGUUCGUUAACACUCUAGCGGUCACAUUUUUGCCUCAGUCAUCAUCAAACUUGGUCAGGAUGCUUGUCUAGGUGAAAAACUAGGUCACCGGAGCUUAAAUAAGAAAAACCUUGUUAACACUCUAGCGAUUACAUUUUUGCCUCAAUCAUCAUCAAGCUUGGUCAGGAUGCUUUUCUAGUUGAUAGCUCGGAUUUGUUCGAACAUGGGUUGUCUCGAAUGAAAACUAGGUCACCGGAGCUAAAAAUAAAAAAACCUUGUUAACACUCUAGUGGUCACAUUUUUGCCUCAAUCAUCAUCAAACAUGGUCAGGAUGCUUGUCUAGGUAAUAGCUCGGAUGAGUUCGAACAUGGGUCAUCUCGGAUGAAAAACUAGGUCACAGGAGCUAAAAA